AUGACAAGGAUAACCCCACCAGUUAGGAGAGUUGCCAUUAUUGGAGCAGGAGCCUGUGGUUUGGUUGCAGCUAAAUAUCUUCUUGCGGAACAGUGUUUUGAGCAGAUUGACAUCUUUGAGCAAAGAAGUCGUGUCGGUGGUGUAUGGAACUUGACACCAGCGGAAGAUAAGGGCCAGGCCGCGACCUCUAUUCCAUCAGAGGAUCCGAAUAUUCCUCCAGAAAACCCAUUCUGGCAUUCCAAAGAUUCACAGUCGUCUAAAAAGGAAGCAAUAUUUCUCUCGCCACUGUACGAUGGGCUGGAAACAAACAUACCACAUGGACUGAUGCAAUUUUCUGAUUUAUCAUUUCCUGACCGGACUCAACUGUUCCCAAAGUUUGAAACUGUCCGCAAGUAUUUGGAAGAAUAUAGCCUGGAUAUCGAACAUCUCAUCCAGUUCCAAGUUCAAGUUUUGGAUAUUAGGCCGGGAGAUAAAAACCUUGGGACUUGGGCGGUUACCAGGAAAGAUCUAGUUAGUGGAGUAUUGCAAACUGAUGUUUAUGACGCAGUUGUAAUUGCAAAUGGCCACUACAAUGUACCAUACAUACCUUCAGUUCCUGGAAUAUCAGCAUGGCAGGAAGCAUAUCCUCAAGGGAUAAUCCACUCAAAACUAUAUUUCGAUUCUGCGCCCUAUAGGAACAAGAAGGUUGUUAUUGUCGGGAAUUCUGCUUCAGGUCUGGACAUUGGAGCACAGAUUAACAAAGUCUGUCAACAGCCUCUCAUUUCGUCGAUUAAAUCCGAGUCUUACUUUUUACCAGGUGCUGCGCCAGAUCGCAAGGAGUAUCCGCCUAUAGCGGAGUUCCUGUCACCCAAGACUCGUAAUCGAGCUAUCCGGUUCUCCAACGGUGAAAUCGAAGAGGACGUCGAUGUUGUCCUUUUCUGUACUGGAUAUCUCUACUCAUUCCCCUUUCUUUCAGGUCUUGAAUCCCCCGUUGUUACCGAUGGAGGUAGGACGUUGCAUGUUUACCAACAUCUGUUUUACAUCGAACAGCCGACCCUUGUGUUUCCAGGAUUACACCAGAAAGUUAUUCCCUUCAUACAGGCAGAAAAUCAAUGUGCCGCAUUUGCGCGGGUAUGGUCUGGGAGGCUGAACCUACCUUCGAAAAAGGAGAUGUAUGAAUGGGAAAACUCCAAUAUUGAGGCUCGAGGCUCGGGGAAGAGCUUCCAUGCCUUAGUUUAUCCGCUUGACGCUGACUAUCUCAAUGAAAUGCACGAUUGGGUGGCAAGCGCGAAGCCAAGGCCAGGACUGGCUAACGGCGGGAAUGGAAAAUGGGGAAUAAGAUGGGGUGAGAAGGAAAGAUGGAUAAGAUCAAAAUUCACCUCGAUAAAAAGAGAAUACGCUGCGCUAGGAGAAAAGAGAGAAUCGUGUCUAACACUCGAAGACCUUGGUUUCGAUUUCGAGGCAUCAAAAGCAGCUCAGGAGAAGAAUUAA